CUGCGCGCCAGUGUGACACAGCGAGGGAAGCGAGUGGUAGUGUCGAGCGCGGGCCCUUCCCUUCUUUGUGCUGUGUUCAUUUCAGUGACCCGAGUAGUGUACAGUUUUCGUUACAGUUGAUCGGCCUGAGAAAAGUGCUUGUCUUAAAGAAGAAUAGUGAAGGAGAACGUAGCAACCCGGACCCCCGCGUAUGCCUGUUAUGCCCGUGAAUGAGAGUGUGGGAAUACGGCCAGCAAGCUUAUUGUGGGUGUAACGAAGGGCGGGGGGGUGCGUCAGUGCAGAGGGACGUGCGUAGAUUGUCUGUUGUCGGGUGAGCAGUUGCCAUUUGUUACUUUAUGAGUAAAUAUGCUUGUGUUUGAAUCUAACAAGACGUGCGUGUAAUUUUCAUGGUCACCUGCUGUUUGUUUCUUGAGCGUGUUGCGAGUAGGGAACUGAAUGGCUGAGGAAUAUCUGUUAUGGUCUUGAUUAAUUUAUUGCAGAAGAAUAGUGAAGGAUUUGUAAAUGUGUUGUUGGUUAAACUUCUGUGAUAGUGUAUUGCACAACAGGAUUCAAUUAGCUUUCAUCACAAAAGGGGUAACUUAAAACGUGCGUCACUUUUAUAGUCUAUGCGGGUUCAUAAGAUUUAUUCAUAUUGUCGUGUUUAGAUGCAAGAGCAGUGUGAGGAGAACAAGACCGCUAGCUAGUGGGUGUGCGGGCGCGUAGGUCGAGGUAGGCGGGUACGUGGCGGGCGUGCAUGAUGAGUGAGCGAAGAGUGUUCGAGUGCCUGUGCCUGGAGCCCAGCAAGGGGGGCUACAGCUACGACUCCGCACUGUUAGUCGAUGUUGACCGCGCCUUCGACUUUGACGAAGCUGUAAUCCGAUUAACAACCAAAUGCAACUCCAUAGUGACUCAGUUUCGCACCUUGGGUCACCAUUUCUCUGAGUUCUCCGUCGCCGCCUCCAAGGUAGAAGGAAGCAAGACAGAUUCACCCAACGCGGGAAACAGACGGGGCAAGAAUGACAUAGAUAGGAUGGAGAGACCCUCCGGAAGCCCUGAGACACGAAAUCUGAGGCUCAUGGACUAUGAGUGGCGACGCCUUAAGAAGAAGAACUACUCCGGAAUGGUAGCUCUGGCACGCGUCACCAGGUCCUCCAUACCCAGAAACGGCUCGGGGGGCAGGUACUCCGUCAAAGCUUUCGCGGAGGCGGUUCUGAGCCACAUCCAGGCCUAUUUCAUGUUCCAGUCCUUCUGCCCGGAGUUUGAACGCUGGAUGGGCGGAGAGGAAGGGACUUGGGGCUACGGGCCUGAGAAUGCCGAUGACGAGUAUCUACUUUAUCUCGUGUACCGUCUCCGGGAUAAGAAUGUCCCUGCUAAACCCACUACACCCACAGCAAGGAGGAAGUGGACGGAGGUGGACAGAUUAGAAUUUGGCUGGCCGUUUGUGCCCAAUGCGCCCAAAAGGAGGCGGCGACACACUUCCGGGGAGAGCAACGCGAGCACUUGCAGCAGUACGAGCACGAGCAGCACGCCCAGCGGAGGUCCGUCGUACCUGACGCCGCCCGCGAUGCGCCCAGCCCAGCACGUCGCGGAAGGCACGUGGCGAGCUCGUACACGGAGCAGCACAGGGAAGACGCCAGAAGAUAACAAUGCUGAAUGGGAAACUGCAUCAGCUCCUCCAUCUUUAUCAUCUCCUGUGAGUGCAGAUGAUGAAAAUAAUCCAUUCCAAACUCCCUUCAGUCUGAGAAGAAGGAGAGCUUCUGGUUCCAGCCACAGAAGCAGAAGGAGAACCUCAUCAGGUUCCUCAAGGGAAAAUGAACCUACUCGCUCUUCGCCACGGUUGCGUAACAGAGGACAAGAGUCAUUACCGUCAAAAGAGUGAGAAAACUUUUACACUUAAUUUUUAUAUAUAAAAAAAAGACAAUAAAAUUUGAGGCUGAGGACAAAAGCAAUAGCAUAGCAACGGAAUAUUGACGAGUAUCUUAGUGUACUGUAGAGUACAUAUUUGGUGGAUGUUCAAAAGUAGACAUAGUGUCCCCAAAGUGAAGUGCCUCUUGAAAAACUAUAUGUGCAAUUUGUACUAAUAUUUUGAAAUAAGAAAUUACUUUUGACAGAUAUCGUGUAGCCAGUCAUGCACUCUAUUUUUAACAAGAAAUAGGCAUUUCUUUUGGCAGCAUAAUGUCUUAAGUGUCAGAUAUAGUGGAGAUUCAGAACACAGACGUACUUUUAUAUAGCCUUCAUGGAGAAUUUAUUUUUUUUUCAAAUGAUUUGUCUUGUUUACAAUCAAGAAUUUGUGUAGCUGUUAUCAGAUAUUAAUUAUGAUUAUAAGAGCUUUAAUUUCUGGAUGAACCUAGUUUUUCUACCCGGUCUUUGAAAUUUGCCUAGUCCAAUUAUCUUAUUUACAAUAUUUUAGUGUACUGAUAUGAUGAGCAAGUUUAAGGAACACUAAUUUGUAGAGAAUAUUUUCAUUUCUGAGUUUUCAGUACAAGUU